AUGGUUGUAGCUCGGAAUACGCCACACAACUGGAUCGGCACGGGGGUCGACAUACAGCAACGACAUAGAAUCAAAGCAGAGGCGGAGUUGGCACAUGGACUGUCGACACGUGAUGAACGUCGGCCAGGGAGGCUGCGACAAGUGGAGGCUGUCGGCAAGGGCCAGCGUCGCGAGGAGGAAGAGGAAGGGAGCUGUGGCCGUCGCCGAGACGAGAAGAAGGAAGAAAAGAGCAGUGGCCGUCAUCGGCGAGAAACUUCACGUGAGGGAAAGGGGGUUGUGGUCGUCGUCGGGAGGAGAAGGAGGGAGAGGAGAGCAGUGGUCGUCGCCGGCGAGGCGUUGCCUGAAGGAAUGAAGCACGGAGAUACGACCCCUCGUCCGCGUCGUGGUCCGGGGCGACCCCGGAAGCAGCCUAUCGAGUCAGUAGAGGUUGAGCCAGAGGAGCACGAGGCGGAUUCUGUUGGGGAUCCUGCAGGCGUGGAGGUUGACAGUAGCCGACAGACUCCUCAGACUUCUAUGAGAAAUCCGGGUGUUCAGACUCAGGCGGUUUCUCCGAGAUUACCCCCAGUUAUCCCUACUCCGGUUGCUACUCCUUGGGUGAGGGAUAGAGCCCGUAUCCCAUUAUUGGCUCGGUCGGUGAAGGAUCGAUUUACUCUAUUUCAUGGGGUUCCCGACCCGACGGUUGCUCGGUCUUGGUUGGGAAAUGUGGAGGAUACUUUCGAGUACAUGUCGUGUACCGAAGAAGAAAAAGCCGAAUUAGCUGCGUACCACCUUCGAGAUCAGGCUGUUACAUGGUGGAAGAUGCAGAAGACACUUGUUGGAGACCAGAGCAUCACAUGGACUUUAUUCCGAGAGGCAUUCGAGAGACAGUAUUUCCCAGCUCCUUAUCGUAUGGCACGUCGACAGGAAUUCUUACAUCUGAAGCAGGGUGAUCGGUCUGUGAUGGAGUAUGAUGCGGAGUUUAACCGAUUGGCGGAGUAUUGCCCUCAUUUAGUUGCCCAGGAGAGUGAUCGGUUAGAUCAGUUCACUCAGGGUCUUGCAGUAUAUAUCCGUAUCAGGAUGUCUGGCUUCACUCCUAGUACGUACCGGGAGGCGUUGGAUAGAGCUCUGAUGAUUGAGAUGACACAACAGCAAAUUUCCCUAGAAAAAGGAAAGGAUAAGCAAAAUGCUCAGGGUACGACCUCGACUCAGAAACAGCAGAACCAAGGUCAGAAGAAACGGAAGAAAUGGCAGGGAUCCCGGGCUACUUCGGGGGAGUCCCAUCGAUCAUCGAAGACAGGACGAUCAUCUGUUGGUUCUUCUAGACCUCCUCAGAAGGAUUACUCUGGGGAACUCAGAUGUUUUAGAUGUGGUGCUGAGGGUCACGCUAAACCUAACUGCCCAUUGAGCCAAGAUAUAUGUUACUACUGCAAGCUUCCGGGGCAUGUGAGCCGCGAUUGUACUCUGAAGGCUCAGUUACAGGCUGCUAAGGUUACUCCUCAAGAAAGUCAUAAUACUCAGACUCGACGGCCGAAGGGACCGCAGAAGACGCAGAGCACUCCACAUCAGCAGAGUAUACCACCUUCUCGGGCCCAGGUAUACCAUAUUCAAAGUCAGCAGUACCCAGCGGUACCUGUACCUAUGGCCAUGCAGUAUUCCUCGGCUGUCCCGUCACAUCAGAUGCAUCCGACACCUCAGUAUUUUCCGACGCCACCUAGCUCUUGUCCGGUGAUCCAGUCUCAGCAGUUAGCUACUACUCCAUCAGCACAGUUUCAGACUGGCGCUGAGAUGCCGCCGGCAGGCACGGAGGCAGGACGGGUUUAUGCUAUUACUCGAGGGGAGGCACAGCGGGCCGAGGGAUCGGUCUUUCGGGGUAUGAUUACUGUUUAUACUUUUCCCGUAGAAUUAUUGAUAGAUACUGGUAGUUCUCAUUCCUUCAUUUCUCGGAUAUUUCUGAGUAAGAUUUGUAGAUUACCGGUCCAUCGGACUCAUACAUUAGUGGUAUCCCUACCCUCGGGAGAGAUAUUAAAUAUCAGUCAGGAGAUUAGAGAUUGUCCAUUGGGUUUCGAGGGUCAGACCCUUACAGUGGACUUGCAGGUUCUGGAUAUGUUAGACUUUGACAUCAUUUUGGGCAUGGAUUGGUUGGCCAGAUAUUACGCUACCGUGGAUUGCAGCGCGAGAGUGGUUACAUUUAGACCUCCGGGUCUACCGUCCUGGGUUUUCAUGGGUACUAAGGAUGAGGGGAUUUCUAUCAUCUCAGCUAUGCAAGCUCAGAGAUUAUUGUCUCAAGGAUGCCAGGGGUAUUUGUUAUCUAUGAUUAAGACUGAUCAGGAUUAUACCCCACCGCUUUCUGACAUUCCUAUAGUUCGGGAGUACCCCGAUGUAUUUCCAGAGGAAUUACCUGGCUUGCCCCCAAAAAGGCAAGUGGAGUUUACGGUUGAGUUGAUUCCGGGGACAGCACCGGUAUCAAAGGCUCCAUAUCGCAUGGCACCUAAAGAAUUGGAGGAGUUAAAAGUACAAUUACAGGAGCUACUGGAUAGAGGGUUUAUCCGUCCUAGCGUGUCUCCGUGGGGAGCUCCAGUACUCUUUGUGAAGAAAAAGGACGGAUCGAUGAGAUUGUGCAUCGACUAUCGGCAGCUGAAUGCAUUCGUGAUUGUGUUCAUCGAUGAUAUUUUGAUAUAUUCUCGAUCCGAAGAAGAGCAUGGGCGACAUCUUUGUAUAGUAUUGGAGACGCUCCGGCGAGAAUGUCUCUAUGCAAAAUUCAGCAAAUGUGCCUUCUGGUUAUCUUCUGUGGGUUUUUUGGGACAUAUUGUUUCUAGCAGUGGUAUAUCCGUGGACCCACAAAAGAUAGAGGCUGUUACCAGUUGGGAGCAGCCAAAGUCUGUACAGGAGAUUCGUAGCUUUCUUGGUCUGGCAGGGUAUUAUCGCAGAUUUGUUGAGGGCUUCUCUAGCAUAGCUCUGCCGUUGACUCAGUUGACCAGGAAAGGGGUGAAGUUUUGCUGGACAGAGUCUUGCGAGACGAGUUUUCAGGAACUGAAGCGAAGACUCAUUUCUGCACCUAUAUUAGUGCUUCCUUCCGGAGAUGAUGGCUUCAUACUUUAUACAGAUGCAUCAGUUCAGGGGUUAGGCGCAGUACUCAUGCAGCACGGACGGGUAGUUUCUUAUGCCUCACGUCAGUUGAAGGAGCAUGAGAAGAAUUAUCCGGUGCAUGACCUGGAGUUGGCAGCCAUUAUAUAUGCGCUAAAAAUCUGGAGACAUCAUCUAUACGGGAUUACCUUCGAGAUAUUCACAGACCAUAAGAGGAAAGCGAACGUAGUAGCCGAUGCGUUGAGUAGGAAAUCCCGAGGAGUUCUUGCCUGCCACCGUGUGAUGGUUACAGAACUGGUACAGCAAUUUUCUGAGUUGGGAUUAGUAGAGCAGGGUCAGACGGAGCGGGGUAUUCUGUUAUCUAUGGUUGCCCAGUCACCCAUUGUAGAGAGGAUUAAAGAGGCUCAGGCUACUGAUCAGCAUCUGCAGUUUCUGUGUAGCAGAAUUACCUCGGGACAGCAGACAGGGUUUUCUCGUGAUGGAAAGGGGAUUCUAUACUUCCGGGGGAGAUUGUGUGUUCCUGAGCUACCUUCUUUGAAGGAGGACCUACUUCAGGAAGCACACCGAUCCAGAUUUGCGAUUCACCCUGGUGGUACACGUAUGUAUAGGGAUCUGAGACGUCCUUAUUGGUGGGCUGGCAUGAAGAAGGACAUCGCAGAUUUCGUUGCACGAUGCCUUGUAUGUCAGCAGGUGAAGGCUGAACACCAGAGACCCGCUGGCUUGCUCCAGAAGAUACAGAUACCGGAGUGGAAAUGGGAGCAUGUCACGAUGGAUUUCGUCGUGGGUCUACCCAGAACCCGACGAACACAUGAUACGAUUUGGAUAGAGAUCCGCGAUUUACUUCGCGAUUCUGGCAGAGUUACAGCAGGCUAUGGGUACAGAGUUACGAUUCAGUACCGCUUUCCACCCCCAGACAGACGUUAUCAUUCGGCGAUACAGAUGGCACCUUAUGAGGCGUUGUAUGGCAGAGCCUGUAGAUCUCCCACCCUAUGGGUAGAAGUUGGGGAAUCCCAGAUUUUGGGGCCACAGAGCCUUCAGCGUGAUGCAGAAAUGGUUCGUACUAUCAGGCGCAGGUUGUCAGAGGCUCAGGAUCGGCAGAAGAGUUAUGCAGAUCGUAGACGGAGACCGUUAGAGUUUGCUGUUGGUGAUCAUGUAUUCUUACGGAUAUCCCCUACUAAAGGAGUAAAAAGGACCUUGAUUGACGACGAGUUGCGCGACGUGGUGGUUCUGUUGAUUUCGGGAUAUAUCGAGGCGGGUUGCAUUCCUUAA